AUGGCUCUACCGUCUUCCGGCUCCCCCGAUCUGCUGCUCUCCGACGCGGAGUAUCGCUUCGGCUCUUCCCGUAGCAGUCGUAUUCUGCUUCCUCCACUCCUCAAUUCUGAAAUCCUUACCUCUGAUAGUCCCAAUCCAACAGCCACCAAGCAAGCGUCCAGGCCUCGUGGCGCAUACCCUCGCAAAAGGGCCGUGAGAGCCUGUCAAACGUGUCGCGCUCGCAGAACCAAAUGCGACAACAAGAAGCCAUCAUGUUCAUUCUGCGAGAGAAUAGGCGCUAAAUGCGUGGUAAACGACCCGGCGGACCUGUCUGCAUUCGAUCCUGCCAGUUUGGUGAUUAUCCAACGCCUGGAUCAGCUAGAAUUGUUGAUCCAACAACAGCAACAAUCAAUAACCGAGUCUACAAAGCCAAAACCACCUGUAGAUCCUCGUGCCGAUGAUCUAGCGACCAUCAAGGCUUCAUCUUCAGUGGUGGUAGAUGGCGAUGCCUCGACUUUAAUCGGCAGUCCCUUAUACUACAGCUCGGAUUUAAGUCGAGUCACCAUCGAGACGAUUCUAUCCUGGAGUGUCUUCGAGGGCAAAUUCGACUCAAGUACCAAUCUCAAAGCUUUAGUCAUUUCACCGACAGUGUCGGGCGAGCCUUUCCUCACCAAAAGCGAUCCUCGUCUCGAGCGACUGGAUCUCGACCUGGAAACAUGCACCAGGUUGCUCCACAUAUUUCUCGAGCAUGUGCAUAUUGCAAAUCCAAUCCUCGACGUUCCUUUGAUCACCGACUAUUUGUACCAAGCAUGCGUUCACGGGAUAGGCUGGGAUGCACCCUCAUGCCUCGUGCUGCUGGUAUGCGCUUUAGGCGCCAUAUCCGAAAGCUUCCAGGAGCACCAUGAAGCUAGCUCAAUGACAGCCCGGCGAUCCCCAUCCUUCCAUCUCGGUCAAAAGUACUUCGAAGCUGCGCAGAUGAGACUUGGUGUGGUUCUGCGCACGCAUGGAGUGCUGGAGGUGCAAUGUUUCUUCUACUCUGGAGUAUAUUUGAUGGCUAUCUUCCAACCAAUCAAGGCCUGGAGAUGCUUCGUGCAGACUGCGGCAAUGGCAGAGACCAUGGUAUUUUCGAGCCGGGUAUCUGAUAAUCAUGCAAGUCUCAACAGCGAUAUUCGCUGUUUAGAGACAACACACUGGGCAUGUCUCAAGUCUGAACUGUUUGAUGUAUUUUCCUCCAGUGAGCUGCGCUUGGAGCUUGGUCUUAACCAACCCAAUCCACUUGGCUUUACAUAUCCGACUUUCUUCCCUGCACUCCCAAUCGAACAGUUGAGCCGUGAGGAAUCUCGAGUUUGGUACUUCUAUCUAGCAGAGACCGCCAUUCGACGGUUAACAAUGCGAAUUAUCCAACUAUUCUUCCGGAAUCAAACCCAGGGCCGAUUCCCGGAUGCCUACCAAUUGAGAGAUUCCUCAUUAGAUUUUGAGGUUCAAGCCUCCGAAUGGACGGCCUCACUACCACCAAUCCUCUCCCUCUCAAGCCCCGAAAUGGACGACGACGUGCUCAAAUUCGUUCUCCGCGGCCACCUCCUCGACUGCUACGAGUGGAUCUACUUCCCCUACAUGCUCGAAGCAAUCGCACACCGGACCCGCGACCCUCUAACCGACGAGUUCGUCGUCAAAGGCCUACAAAUGUCCGUCGAGCGGAUCCACAAAAAUCGCAAGGGGUUCAAACACCGCCAUCAUGGCGUCUGGUUGAUGCUCCGCUCUUGCACGCGUAGUGCCCUGGUCCUACUGGCCGCUAGUCGCUCACCAGCUACAGAGGACCUGCUCCCCCUCGGCUGGAAGGAUGCGGUCAUGAGUGCGGUGGAGAUGCUGGCGUAUUGGCAGGAUGAGGCAGAGGAUUCGCGUGAUCGGCUGCGAAUUCUCACGGAGUUGGUUGAGGCGUGGCCGCACGAGGGUUUGAAUGGGUUUGGAGCUGGUCUCUGA